AUGGAGAGACUGAGCCCAAGUCACACAAACAACACAAAACUCACAUCUUGUGCCCCGGAAUCAUGCAGCUCCCAGUGUGGAAAAAAGCUUCAAAGUUGUUCAUGUCAGCCAAUUUGUGAGAAUUUAAGAAAUUGCUGUACAGAUUAUCACCAGUUCUGCCUCACGAUCUCGCCUCAUUCUGGAACUUUGAUGGGAGGAAAAGAUUUUACCAUUCAAAAUGUGACAUUUGAUAAGAACAAUACUGAUAUUACAUGCAGAUUCAAUAAUGAAACGGAUACCAUGGGAUACAUUGAUUCAUCUGGAUAUGCUCACUGUAUAUCACCACUGCUUUACCAGACAGGCCGCAUCCCUUUUGCAGUUUCAUUAGAUGGCGGAAACACAUUCUCUAGAUCAGGAACAUGGCUUGCAGUGCAUCACAGCAAAGCAUCUGGAGCUGAAAAAAUUGUGCUAAAUGAGGCAAAGAAGUGGCAAUAUUAUGGAACACCUGGCUAUAAUGGGACCCUCACUUUGACAUGGAACCACAACAUUUUAUUUGCUGAGAACGUUAGAAUAGAGCUUUGGGGCUACAAUGAGACAGGUGUUCCCUAUUCUGAAUCCUGGCAUGCCCAGUGGACAUAUCUCUACACACUGAAUGAAUCUUAUCACAAUACUGGUAAUUAUACAUUUACCCCGGGUCCUGCAGAAUCAGCUUAUGGCAACUGGGAUGUAGGAACGUUGAGGAUCACUUCAGUCAAUUCAACCGAUGGCAAAAGGGAUGUGCAGGCUCUGUGGAGUCCUGUUCAUGCCUUAGCUUGGCAUCUGAGGGAGGACUUCAGGAACAACUCUGAAGCUUGGGCACAUGACAAAUGUAUGAUUUGGAAAGACACUGAAAUAAACCAGCUUCACAACUUCUUACUCGAAACGGCAGAUUGUCCAUGUACAUUAGCACAGGCCAGAGCGGACACCGGCAGAUAUCAUACAGAUUAUGGCUGUGACAUUGAGAAGAACAGUGUGUGUACAUACCAUCCCGGGGCAGUGCACUGCGUGAGGAGCAUACAGGCAAGUCCUGUAUAUGCAGCAGGACAGCAGUGCUGCUACGACUCCAAUGGGGUUCAGAUCCUCACCAGAGAUUCAUUAGGAGGCAGUACACCAGACCGCGGCCAUGACUGGGGAUCUCCCCCAUACAGGAAGCCACCUAGAAUACCAAGUUUCUCUCACUGGCUGUAUGAUGUCAUCAGCUUCUAUUACUGCUGUCUGUGGUCAGAUAACUGCCAGUACUACUUGCAGCUCAGACCAUCCAGCGACUGCCGCACAUACAAACCACCCAAAGUAGCUUCUGCCUUUGGGGAUCCUCAUAUUAUAACAUUUGAUGGUUCCAAUAUCACUUUUAAUGGGAAAGGAGAGUACAUACUGGUCAAUUCCUUCAAUCCACUGCUAAUGAUUCAGGGUCGAACAAAGGCUUUUGAAGAUAAACGUGUUAGCAGCUUUUCUUCUGUGGCUAUACAAGAGAGGGGAUCUGAUGUGAUAGAGGUGCGUCUGAAAAGUGGAUUGUCACAGGGGCUGGAAACCCUACUGAAUACGGAACUACUUAGUUUUGAGGAACAGAGUUGGAUUGACCUGAAAGACGUCUUUGUGUUUUCCUCCGUUGCCAAUAACGUAACAGUGAUGUUCCCCUCUGGAGCUGGGGUAGAAGUCAGAGAAAUAGGCGGCCUACUCGGUGUCACUGUCCUACUGCCAGAGGAAUUCAUAAACAAAACAGAAGGGCUUAUGGGAGUGAUGAACAACGAUCCAACUGAUGAUUUAACUUUUAAGAAUGGCACCAUCAUACCCCCUGAUGCCAGACCCCAGGACAUUUUCCAUUUUGGUGCAGACUGGGUGGUGAGCAAGAACAAUUCCCUUUUUACUUAUGACUCUAGUGAGCUUAUCGAUGAGUACACAGAGAAACACAACACAAGUUUCAUACCUAUAUUUGAAGUUGAGGAAACUCCUGGAAACUUCACAGAACAGAUGCGCGACUUGUGUGAUUCUGAUACUUUCUGUAGAUUUGAUGUCCUUGCCACAAAACAGCUGCAGGUUGGAAACGCCACAAAAAUGUCUCAUAACAUUCACAAAACCUUGGUGAACAGCCUUAAACCAGUGGUAUCGUGUGGGUGGCUGGCUCCUCCAGCUAAUGGUAGUAAAAAUGGGACAAGCUAUCUGGUUGGCUCCAUGGUAAAAUUCAGCUGCAAUACAGGCUUUGUGCUGAAUGGGUCUCGCCAACGGACAUGUCAGAGUGAUGGCGCUUGGUCAGGAGAUCCUGCUCAAUGUUUCAGAGGCUCAACAAUAUCUUGUGCAAAUCAGUGUGGAUCUUUUGUACAACAAUGCUCAUGCCACGUGACGUGCGAGAACCUUGGCAACUGCUGUCCAGAUUACCGCAACUACUGUGUCCGUAUCUCACCAGAAUCUGGCCUGUUAAUGGGUGGCAUGGACUUCAAGAUUUUAGAUGUAACCUUCAACACCAGUUCAACUGUUAAAUGCAGAUUCAAUUAUAACAUAGACGUCAAAGGUUAUGUCGAUGAAAGCGGAUACGCACAUUGUAUAUCGCCUCUCCUCUAUGAAACUGGUCGUAUUCCGUUGGAAAUGUCUGUGGAUGGUGGAAUGUCUUUUCCUCACACUGGCACAUGGCUAUCAGUGCAUCCCGGGAAGGUGUUACCAUCAGAAAAAUGUAAUCUGGAGAAUGAAACCCUAUGGCAAUAUUAUGGUACUCCUCAUUUUGGUGGUCCCUUGACUGUUACAUGGUCACCAGAAACAUUCAAAGAGAAAGAAAUCAACAUUGAAGUGUGGGGAUAUCAUGAAACAGGAGAACCAUAUACCAGCUCAUGGGCUGCCACUUGGAAAUAUCUGUACACCCUGGCAAGCAAUUAUACAAAUAACGGGACUUUCACAUUCCUGCCCCAGCCAGCUAAAUCGGAACAUAAUUUCUUUGAAUUUGGGAGCCUGCGGAUUAACCCUAGUAUCUAUAGUGAAGGGGAGAUGAAUGUCCAUUCAUUGUGGAGUGUGGACCAUGCCAUGGCCUGGCAUCUUGGAGAGGACUUCCGCAGCAAUUCUGCUGUUUGGGCAAAAGACAAAUGUCUUAAUUGGUAUGAGAGUGACCAGAAACUUCCCAACUUCCUCUCUGAGAUUAUUGACUGUCCUUGUACAUUGGCACAGUCUAGAGCAGACACUGGCAGGUUUCAUCCAGAUUAUGGAUGUGACAUUGAGGACGGGAGUGCUUGCACCUACCACCCAGGAGCGGUACAUUGUGUGAGAGGUAUCUAUGGCAGUACUGUGUAUGCGGCAGGACAACAGUGCUGCUAUGACUCCAGAGGAGUGCAGGUUCUCACCAGUGACUCUAUAGGGGGCAGUACGCCCGACCGCGGUCAUGACUGGGGAUCUCCACCAUAUAAGAAGCCACCCAGGGUGCCCGGAUUUUCUCACUGGCUGUAUGAUGUCAUCAGCUUCUAUUACUGCUGUCUGUGGUCAGAUAACUGUCAGUACUACUUACAGCUCAGACCAUCCAGCGACUGCCGCACAUACAAACCACCCCAAGUUGCAUCUGCAUUUGGAGACCCUCAUUUCAUCACCUUCGAUGAUGCCAAUUUUACCUUCAAAGGCAGAGGAGAGUACAUACUUGUUACCUCCAACCAUCAGGCACUCAACAUUCAGGGCCGCACACAGCCUGCAACAUUUGCAAAUGGAUCUACAGCUUCAGUAACUGGAUUUUCCUCAGUUGCCAUGAAGGAAGGAAACUCAGAUGUAAUUGAAGUACGUCUAGCAGACACCACAGGAAAUCUGGAGGUUCUCCUGAAUGAAGAGGUGCUCAGCCUUGUGCGUAGUUGGAUGGACCUAAAAGGAGUAUUUCUAUAUUCUCCCUCUAAAAAGAAUGUUACAACGAUGUUCCCUUCUGGAGCUGGAGUGGAAGUGAGAGGAAAAGGAAGUUUCCUGAGUGUAUCAGUCCUAUUACCUGAGGCAUUCCAGAACAAAACAAUGGGGCUUAUGGGAGUAAUGAACCAACAUCCCACAGAUGAUUUCACUUUUAGAAAUGGCAGUACUUUGUCUCCUAAUGCGAGCCCUAUGGAACUGUUUCAGCUUGGUGCUGACUGGGCUGUUACCACGAAUAGCUCCCUAUUUACCUACGAUUCAAAGUUCCUGAUAGACAAUUACAAAGUAAAGCAUGAUGCCAAUUUCUUGCCUAUCUUUACGGCACCGGAAGAUCCCAAUGAUCCGAUUAAAGAAUCAAUGGACAAAUUAUGUGGUUCUGAUGCAUUCUGCAAGUUUGAUGUACUUACUACAAGAGAUCUAAGUGUUGGCAAUGCUACCAAAGUAUCACACUUAACCCACAAAAUCCUUGUGGAUAGUCUAAAGCCAGUGGUCUCAUGUGGCUGGCUGGAGCCCCCCAUAAAUGGGAGGAAGGAAGGAACAAGCUACCUCAUAAACUCACAGGUGACAUUUGAAUGCAACAAAGGAUAUAUGCUAGUGGGAUCAUACUCACGAACCUGCCAGUGGGAUGGGACAUGGAGUGGAGAAACCAGUUAUUGUGCGCCAAAUAACAUCCUUGGCAUUGUUCUCGGUUGUGUAUUUGGAUUUCUCACACUGCUCGUGCUGAUAGUACUGAUCGUCCUGCAUGAGAAAAAACACAGCAAGCAAAAGCAAAUAAAUGUUCCACCUGUGACAUAUCAACGAUCUAGUGAACCUUAGGAAGAGGAAGAAACGUAGAGACUCUGAUUUUUUUCCCCAGAAUUGGCUCCAUAUAUGACACAUUAAUACUUAGAAUCUGGCACAUUUUAGGGAAUUUCAACUUCAAAUCGGCAAUCAGUUUUCUCUCACUAAUAAGACGUAACAAAAAAUGGACGAUUCUUCGACGAGUCAUCAGAAAACAACAGGUGUUUUGGAGAUAUUGGCUUCCUUUAAAGAUCUUUUUUACAAUGGCGAAAUUGAGAGGGAUCAUAUCAAGAUGCUAAUUAGGGCAUCUUUCAUUUAAAAAAACAACUACCCUUGGAAUAUCUCUGGGACUGGACUGUGUAUAGUGUGAUGUUUCUGCAACAACAAUAUUCACAAAUAUUUUCUGACAUAUCAAUGUUUAGAUUGAAUAGGGACAACAGAGCAAUGUGUUGGAUAUUAUUUUGCACGUGGCUAAAAACAAAUAUAUUACUCUUGUUACCCAAAAAAAUAGUUCUAGGAAAAAGAUUUACAGUACUCCGCAAACAGAGAAAGCAAAACUAUUUAUAAUGUUUAAUGUUUAUAAAUCAUGAAACCUUGUAUUUCAACGCAUAUAAUUUGCAACAUAUUUUCUAUGUAACAUCAGUUUAUAUGCAAACUGAUGAAUAUUGUAUAUUACAAAUUACACAGCACUAUAACUUUAUAUCUGUUGCUAGAACUGACCAUUGGGUGUAACAAUUGGUCAAUAACUGGAAUCUUCACUGAAAUGUAGACAACGUAUGUCUGCACCUAAAACUUUCAAUGCAUUCUUGAUGUAAAAGAUCACACUGAUAAUUUUCCACUAUUCUCUAUUUCAGUUUUUAGUGAAUAGUCACAUAAGAGGACAUUAAAUGCCUCUUGCUUUUGUGUAAAAAUUCUGCUUUCUCUCAUAAUCCCUGUAGCGGCCAACAAGCAAAUACUUAAAGGGAUAUAAUACUUAUACUUGAAAGUGAUGCAACAUAACUGUAAAAAGUAGACAAGAAAAUAUCACCUGAGAUCACACCUCUCUAUGUAAAAAAAUGAAGCUAUUUUACCUCAAAAUGUAUUCAGAUAACAAUAGUAAUUGCCCUGAGAAUAGUUAUUCUUCAGCUACUGACCAGCUGCAGGUUGAGAAAAAAAACAAUAGCCAUUCAGCAGUGGCAGAUGCACACUUCCUUGCAAGUCCAGGGACUAGCAUAUUUAUUGGCUGCUUUAAAUCCCUUUACAAUGGGGUGUGGAUAGAGAUGUUUAGGUGAUAUUUUAUUGUCAGCAUUUUACCGCUAUUCUUCAUCACUUUCAAGUUCCUCCACUUUUUGGUAUCAUGUCCCUUUAAAUGCUGUAAAUCAAAUAGCUGUUUUAGACAGUUUUCAGCUUUUUGAAAAACUGAGUAACAAGGUUUCCACCUUUCUUGGAAAGUAAUACUGGCCAUUCUCAUUACCAUAAAUUUGCAUAAAUAACUAUACAGCGUAACUCAGGAACUAAAUCUGAGUGUGUAUUUAUAAUUAGAUUCUAACAUAUUUAGAAUAAGUUUUAACAUGAUAGCGCCAUUAUUUCUACAUUUAGGGCCAUAAGGAUGUGGAAGCGAUAACCAUUAUCAAUGGACUGUGCUACCAUUAGCACCUGACUUUGAUAUUACAAGUCUAUAGUAAAGUGUGUUCACUGUAGAAGAGUUAGGGUGGCCGACUUCGCUUGAGCACAGUCUAUACUUUCAAUGGAUAUUACGACCUUGCUAAUUUGCUCUGUUAUAACAAGUUGAAAGUUAUAGUUUGCACUCGAGUGAAAGCCUAAACUGCGCUAGAAUAUUUAUCAGGACUUCAGACGUGAAAUAAACUGUAGGGGUUAAAAAAAAAGUUGUAGAAAACACGUAAAACACAUUAAAAUAAAGUAUUACACACACAUAUACACCUAUUAAUAAAAAGAUAUAUUAUUAUUAAUAAAAAGGUUUUUAAAAGGUUUAAA